UUCACUCUUCUCAGUUCUAAGCUGAUUGACUACAAACAUUGACGAGAGAGAGAGAGCUUGAGCUUUUCCCGUUCUCUGUAAUGGCGGGAACUCUCCAAAACCUACUUAUCUGCAUUAACCCCUCCCAGACGAGGCGAUUCAGUUGCCGGAGCUCGCAACUAGCUCAUCGACCUGUGCUCUCCGGCCGCUCCGUUGCGGUCGGUCAGAGUCGCUUGACUUCAAGACCAGUUCGGGCGUGUCAACCUUCCAACCAGGUUGAUGGUGAUGGAUAUCAAGCUGCUUCAAGGACUCCUACUUCAGCCAGGGCAUUGACUUGGUCAAAACCGCUGUUGAGUUUUGCAUCAAAUAAUUUUCUACCACUAGCUCUUAUUGGUGGAGUUGCAUUAGGACUUGCAAAUCCUGGCCUUGGCUGUCUUGCUGAUAAGUAUUUCUUAUCAAAAUUUAGCACCUUUGGUAUAUUCGUUAUAUCAGGUUUGACAUUGCGAAGUGGAGAAAUUGGCGCAGCUUCAGAAGCAUGGCCUGUUGGCAUUUUUGGGCUUGUCUCAAUAUUACUAUUGACACCCUAUUUUUCAAAGCUAAUUUUGCAGAUUCAACUCCACCCUCAAGAAUUUGUUACAGGACUCGCCAUCUUUAGCUGUAUGCCAACUACAUUAUCCAGUGGUGUAGCGCUUACUCAGCUUGCGGGGGGGAACUCUGCUCUUGCUCUUGCAAUGACCGUGAUAUCCAAUCUCUUAGGAAUUUUGAUUGUCCCGUUCUCUAUCUCCAAAUUCAUAGCUGAUGGAGUUGGUGUGACAGUUCCAACAGAGCAACUUCUCAGAAGUCUUGUUCUGACACUUCUAAUCCCCUUGAUCUUGGGGAAGGUGCUCAGAGAAUCCAUCAAAGGUUUGGCAGAGUUUGUUGACGCCAAGAAGAAGCUUUUUUCAAAGAUCAGUGCAAUAUUUCUCAGUUUAGUCCCAUGGAUACAGGUGAGUCGGUCCAGCACACUCCUCCUAAUGGUUAAGCCUACAGUUUUUCUGGUGGCUAUUGCAAUGGGAACAGCUUUGCAUCUCAUUUUACUAGCAUUUAAUGCUGUUGCUAUAAAAUGCCUCUCUACUGUCUCGGGUGGUAAUCAAUCUGUUUUUGCGAAGAAAGACAAUGCCGAUGCUGCUCUCCUUGUGGCAAGUCAGAAGACAUUGCCUGUUAUGGUUGCGGUGGUUGAGCAGUUAGGUGGUGCUUUUGGUGAAUCAGGCCUGCUGGUUCUUCCUUGUGUUGCUGCACAUCUGAUCCAGAUUAUCAUGGACUCCUUUCUCGUCAACUUUUGGCUCCGGAAGGAUCUCUCCGCGGAUGGCUUAAAGGUAGCAUAAAUAACAUAAUUCGGGUCGGGUCCAUUCUUUGGUCUCCCUUGGAAGUUGUGUUGUAUUGUAUCAGGCAGGCAGGGGUGAGAGCACGUGGAAGCGCGUUUCAUUUGAAGAGCACUGAUACUAGUCCGAGGAACAAAGUGGGAGUAAUGAUUUCAUUAUUAUUUUCUGGUGGGUCUGCCUGAGCUGCUCUGUCGUUCUGUCUGUUCGUUCUUUGCGACUUGCUAGGCAUGAGGCUAACUUGUUGAAAGCUUGACCUCACCCUUCGGCCUUAUAUGGCCCAAGAUGUCUGUAGUUCCAGUAAAGGCCUGAUGUGAUGGAGCUCAAAAUUGGCCAUAUUGGCCCAAGUUUGUCA